GAAAAUUUGUGGAAACCCAAAAACCGCGUGCUCCGGUGGCGCCAAAACCCAAAACCCAAAUUUCAUUUUCCCUCUUCAAUUAAUUUAAUUCCUUCGAUUCCCCUUCCCUUCUUAAAACCCUCCAUUCCUCGAAAUCCCUUCACAUUGUGCAAUUUGCUUUGCUUACCGGAGGAAGAAGAAGAAGAUGGCCGCCGGAUCCAAGUCCAAUGCCCCGAAGCCCAGGAAGAGGGUGGAAGCUAGCACGUCCUCAGCUUCUCCCGCUUCUACUACACUCGUCCGCAACAAGGAUGGCAGUGCUUUCGCCAGAUGUGAAGAGUGCAACAAGGACGUACCAAUGGCUCUUAUCAAUUUCCACAGUUGUAGUCUUGAUGCUAAGAUAAAGAUGAAUUUGAAGGCUACUAUUGUUGAGAAGCCCCCUGAGGUUAAGAAGAAGCCUGUGGAAAGGAAGAAGCCAACAACAACAGAACCAACGCCGAAGAGGCUUAAGAGAUUGAAGAAGGGCACGGACUCCAAUGCCCCGAAACGUCCCCCCACAGCCUUCUUUGUUUUCAUGGAUGAAUUUAGGAAAUUAUUAAAGGAAGCUAAUUCAAAAACAAAGGCUGGGAAAGAGGUAUCAAAGGAAGGUGGUGAGAAGUGGAAAUCAAUGUCAGAUGAAGAAAAGAAGCCAUACUUUGACAAAGCUGCUGAACUCAAGGCAGAGUAUGAGAAGUCACUGGCAUCUAACAAUGAGGACAAUGAAAAUGAAAAUGUGGGAGUCCGUUCAGAGGAAGAUGCUGAGGAGGAAGAGAAGGAAGCUCCUGCAAAGGAAGAGGAAGAAGUUUUGGAUGAUUACUAGAUAAUUAGUAUUAGUCCUCAAGCUCAGUUUUUUUUUUUUUUUUUGGGUGGGGUAUUGUAAAGUCUCCUUUUGGUUAAUGAAAUUAAGUAGAAGUAUAGUACUUGGCAUAUUUUCCUGCGUUGUUUCUCCCUAUAUCGGAAUCAUGCCAUUUUGUCUUGUAUGACGUGAAGUCUGACAAAAAUCAAGUAGUAGUAAAAUGUAUCCCAAGAGCUAAAAUGGUAAUCAUAACCAAAUUUGAUCUAUUCAGGUGGCUUCUUAUUUUUUAGCAUGUUGCUUUAUUUCUCUUGGAUUGGAUCAUGAGGACAAACUUGUAAAUAGGUUAUUUCUGACUUCUG